UGAUUGGAUAAGGUUGGUUGGUUGGUUGGAUGGUUGGUUGGGUGGUUGGUUGGUUGGUUGGAUGGUUGAUUGGUUGGUUGGUUGGUUGGAUAAGGUUAGUUGGUUGGUUGGUUGGAUAAGGUUGGUUGGUUGGUUGGUUGGAUAAGGUUGGUUGGUUGGUUGGUUGGUUGGAUGGUUGGAUGGUUGGUUGGAUGAUUGGUUGGUUGGUUGGAUGGUUGGUUGGUUGAUGAUUGAUUCUGGAUCUCCACUACAUAGGCCAGGAUUGGUAGGGGCCAACAAGACGGCUCAGCACUUUGCUGCCCAAGUCUGGCAACUGAGUUCAAGCUCCAGGGCCCACAGUAGUAGAAAACAGACUUCCAAAAAUUGUCCUCUGACCUCCACAUGAAGAUGUCCUCAUGCACAACACACACACACACACACACACACACACACACACACACACACACAAAUAAUAAUAUUAAUAAUAAUAAUAUAAUGAUAAUAAUAAUAAUAAUAAUAAUAAUAAAAAGUUUAAAGUUCUGGGCUCAAAACCAUAAAUCAGUUCAAAAGGACCCAGCAAAUAAUGGUAGAGAAGUGUCUCUCCAGGCUUCAUGCACGAGGAUCAAAGGGAAGAACGAAGCAAGCGUCAGCAACUCUUAGACAUUUUACAUUCAAACAAUUCUAGAUUCACGGGAAACUGCAAAGGUCCUGUGGAGAAAUAUUAUGUUCCUUCACUUAAUCAGCUAAGGAUUACUUCGAUGACACCUAACUGUCCUUCAGUGCCAAGCACAGAUUCUAACAGUGUCUAUGUCAGCUCAGCACGUGAAUCUACAGGUACAGCAGUUUAUGACUUAUGUAUAUCUGUAAGCCAUGUCUACACAGUUAGGAUUAAUAUAGUCGAUAACAGGUCUUGAAAUGAUUAAUGACCCUACUCUGCUAUUCCAAAUUUGGGCGUGGAAGCUCACACCUACAAUCCCUACACCCAGAUACUAAAGCAGGAAGUUUGCUGCAAGUUUGAGGAUAGCCUGACCUACAUAAUGUGUUACAGGGCAUCCUGGCCAUACAAUGUGAGAUGGUUCUGUCUUGGGCAGAAAGGGCCAUAAAACAAAAACAAACUAGGGAUGUACUCACUUAUAAUUCCACAAAAUGGGAGGUUGAGACCCAACGAUUACAAGUUCAAGGCUAGCCUGAGUGACAUUACUUCCAAAUUUAUGAACAUGGGAUGCCCCUUGGUUUAUUUAGGCCCCUUUCUUUGAUCAGUGUCUAUUCUACACAUCCAACACAGUACUCAAACUCUGCAUGUUUCUAAUCUAUUUUUUAACUUUAUUUUUUUUUUCGGAGCUGGGGACCAAACCCAGGGCCUUGUGCUUGCUAGACAAGCGCUCUACCGCUGAGCUAAAUCCCCAACCCCUUAACUUUAUUUUAAUUGUGUGUCUGUCUGUCUGUCUGUCUGACUUUGUGUUUAUGUCUGCCACAUGUGUUUGGGAGCCCACAAAUGCCAGAAUAGGGCACUAGAUCAGUCAGAGCUGGGACUGCAUGCAUGUGGUUGUAAUUACAGAGCUGCCCAAUGUGGAUGAGGGUGCUAGCAUCCAAGUCCAGGACCUCUGCAAGAGCAGUUCUCUAUCACUAACUCAGGCCCCAAAACUCUGGGGUUUUGGGGGGGUUUUUGGGUUUUUUUACAUCAGAUAGGGCACAGACCUUCUGUUGAACACUGGCCGGUGUUAUCUGUGACAGAGAAAGCCACUGUGGACUUAGUGGCCUACCCGGGGAAAGUUCUCUUUGAUGUAGUAAUCAGAAAUCAGGUUCAGAUGUGGUCCAAAGUCUAUUGUGCAAAAGUCAGUCACCCAGCCUGAUUAAACACUCCUUUCCAGGGGACAGUUAAAGUCCUGAUUGUCAAUCUCUAGGCUCCAAGGCUGUGUGCUUCCCUGCUGUGGCUCUUCAGAAGUCAGGGGUAGCCCUGCACUUGCCUGCAGCCCUAGAUGCUCCCUCACACUAGUGCUGGAAGGCAAUGACCCAGCAGCACUGCUCUCUCUGAAUCUCCCCUUGGCCUGCAUGUAUGUGUGCAUCCAUGUGUUUGUGCAGGUGAGCACGCAUGUAUGUGCAUGUGAUCAUGGGGGCCAAAGGUCAGCUCCCAGUGUUUUCCUCAGUCACUCUCCUUGGUUUUUCAGACAGGCUCUCCCACUGAAUGCAGAACUCACAGGUCCAAGUAUGGUGCCUGGCCUUCAAGCUGCAGGGCUCCAGGGAUCUGCCUGUCUCUGCCUCCUCCAUACAGGGAUCACAGGUGCAGUCUGCCAUCCCCAGCUUUCUUUUUUUAAAAAAAAAUCAUCUUUAUUUUAUGUAUGUGAGUGUUUUGCCUUCAUGUACGUUUAUGUACCACAUGUGUGCACUGUCCGUGGAAGCCCUGGAAAUGGAGUUACAGAUUGUUGUGAGCCACCAUGUUGGUGCUAGGAAGCAAACCCAGGUCCUUCAUAAGAGCAGCAAGUGUUCUUAACUGCUGACCCGUCUCUCUAGCCCACUCCCAGCUUGUAUGUUAGUUCUGGAGAUCCGAACUCAGGUCCUCGUGCUUGAGCAGCAAGCAUUUACUUCACUGUGCUGUCUCCCCAGUCAGCCCCAUACUCUUUUAUUUUUGUUUAAGCAUUUUUAUUACAUUUUAUUUGAGAGAGAUCAAGAGCAAGAGAGAGAGUAUGUAUGUAUGUAUGUAUGUAUGUAUGUAUGUAUGAGUAUGCAUACUGCCGCAGGCCACAUGUGGAGUUCAGAGAGCAACCCACAGGAGUUGGGUCUCUCCUAUCGUGUAGAUCUCAGGGAUUCCAUUCAUGUUAGCAGACUUGGCAGCAAGUACCUUUACCCACUGAACCACAACCACCCCUUCUUAACCUUUUUGUUGUUUUGAGACAGGGUUUUUCUGCGUGCCCCAGAAUGUCCUGGAACUAGUAGCUCUGUAGACCAGGCUGGCCUUGAACUCAGAGAUCUGUCUGCCUCUGCUUCCUGGGACUAAAGGUGUGCGAAAUGUAUGCCAAGGUUCGGGUAUUUCUCUGUGAUCUAGACUGCUUUUGAAGUCAAUAUGUAGACCAGGCUUGAAUUUAUCAUAAUCCACCUGCCCCCGCUUUCUGACUGCUGGAAUUGCAAGCGGUUCACCACAGUGAGCUCUACACAGGUUGUUUCUAACCUUAAUUCUCCUGUUUCAUCCUCCCAAGUGCUCGGGAGUGCAGGCAUGUGCCACUAUGUCAUACUUUGAUACUUUUAUAAAUGGUGGAGAAAAGUGGGAGGUACGGUGUGGUGUGUGUGGGUGUGUGUGUGUGUGUGUGAGUUUGAGAGAGAGAGAGAGAGAGAGAGAGAGAGAGAGAGAGAGAGAGAGAGAGAGAAUUGUGUGUGCGAAGACUACUUGCUGCCUGCUGGAGCAAACAUGAUGAGGAUUUAGAAUGUGCAGUGUCACAACUCAAAGACCCAUAAGAGAUGCAUGUCUAAGCCAGACCAAAGGGUACUUACUCCCUGCAGUCCAGGCUGAAGGAGAAGCUGAGACAGGAGGACAGCUUGAACCAUGGAGUUCAAGGCCAGCCUAGGCAAUGUAGUGAGACUCUAUCUCAAAAAAAUAAAUAAACAGGAAGCAAACAAACAACAAACAAACAAAAACCCAAAAAACAAAAACAAACCACCCAAAAAACAAAGCAAACAAAAAGAAUCUUUCAAGCCUACCUUUGUGUAGCUGACCUAAUGUUUGGUGUAGGCCUGGGGAUCCUCUAGUUGAGCGCUUGUCUAGUGUUCACAGACCCCUGGGUUCAGCAUCCAUAGGCCUCCAUAGAAACAGCCAGGGUGGUGACAAACACCUAUAAUACCAGAACUAGGGAGGGAGAGGCAGGAGACUCAGAAUCAAGGUAUCCUCAGCCUCGAGUUCAAGGUGAGCCUACUCUGCAUGAGAGUCUGUCCUAAAAGGAAAGGCAAGAUAGAUGUGGGAAGAGAGGCCUGGAAGGGGAAAUAGUUUAUCAUGGGUCUCAUAGCAGGAGGGACCUGGGCCAGAUGGGAAGAUAGAAACUUCUGGGGUUGUAGCUGGAGGGACAGAGCCUGGUUAGUGCAGGGAUGAGACGGAAGAGCCAGUCAGGGGUGCCUGCAGCCGGUAUCAACCGGGUCCAGGGCCCCCUGAGUGGACUCUAAAGCUAUAGCAGGUGGGUCUCCUGGGAGUCAGAAGGUGAGAGAAACUGGGGGAGCCACCUCUGGAACAUUGUCCCGCUGGGAGAAACACCCUGCAGCUCCCUUGCCCUCACCCUCUGCCUUCCCUCUAGUUUCUCCUCCUGGUGAAACCACAGAAGGGUAAGAGAGCUGGAAGAGCAGGAGGCACACUGUCUGAGGCUGGUGCCAGACCUGGUCCAGGGGCUGGAAUAACUCUGCUCACUCGGCUCCUGGCUCGAUCUAUGCCUUUGUGACCCCUGAAAGCUACAGUGAGAGAACCAGAACGUGGGUCCUCGAACACAUAAGGUGGUGUACCCAACCUCCACCGCUCCUCUGCCUCUGAUGCUGGGCAUGGCUGCUAUAACUAAAAUGGUCUGAAAGGGUUUGGCGGGUUUAUCUCAAACCCUAUCUGCACCACCCACAAGAGCCCCUCAGUGGAGUUAUCCAGUCAUGCCUAGUGUGCAGGAAACAGCUAUCUGCCUUCUCCUCGAAGGCGCAUCCUCCCCCCCACCCCCAAUAGAGGCCCAGAAGGUGGGGUCAAAAAGCAGGCAGCAUCUGGUGCACUAAAUCCCUCAUCCUCCCUUCACCCAGCUUACUGGCUGGUCCUUAGUCACUUCCCUGCUGGGCACCACAUGGGGCUACUCUACCACACAGCCCCACCCAACCCACGCAGCUCCAAACUCCAUGGGACCCAAACUGGCAGCCAGCUUCCUUAUUCAUUCUCUCUCUCUCUCUCUCUCUCUCUCUCUCUCUCUCUCUCUCUCUCUCUCGUCUUUGUGACAGAGUGGACCUUCAGGACUACUUUGGAACUCGGCUGGAAAGAACAAUGAAUCCUGUUGGUUUCUCUCUGGGAACUGGUUCACUCUGUUGCUCCUAACCCUCGUUCAUCACUCAAGGCUUUGGGGACCUGUUAUCUCCCAUCCGUGCACCAACCAGGCCCAAGCCGCCUUCACACGAGUCAGACCCAUUCUGUGUACUGUGGCUGUGGACAGGAACACACUUUCUUCCCUUCCUUUGAUCAUUUGAUAGAGAUACACCAGCAGCCAGGUACACUCUGAGUCAUGUUACAAAUAAGGCCACAGGUGCUUGAGCUGGUCCCAGAACCUAACCACUGCUUAAAGCCUUCCGUAGGACACACACAGAGAGACUCACCUCCCACCUCUUGCCAAAUGAAGGGUACAUCUCAGUAGCUAAAGGCUGGCUGGCCUUAGUCCUUAGCUAUUCACGACUCACUGUGCAGUGUGAUUCAGGAAGGAGCUUCUCUAGGUUUUAGACUCUAUUUUCUAGCUUCUUUCUCUUCUUUUUCAUUGUAUAAGUAAUCAUGAGUUGUUGUUUUUUUAAUUUUAUGCCUUAUUCAACACAACUGGGUGUUUUGUCUGCAUGUGUGGCUGUGCACCAUCUAUAUGCCUGGUGCCCAUGGAGGCCAGAAGGGAGUGACAGGUCCCCUGGAACAGGAGUUUUGUGAGGCAUCCUGAGGGUGAUGGGAGUUGAACUUGGGUCUUCUGCUCUCUCCAGCUCUGACACCCUUUUAUAGUGGCAAAUCUAGACACGCAAUGCUGACUCUUGAGGAGUCCUUUCUGGGGUAUGAACCACAUUCACAGUGUGUCCAAACAUAAUGGUCUCUACCAAUUUCCAGAACUUGUUUUGUGAUCUCAAAUAGAAAUUCUGCCUCGGUGUGGUGUGUCUGUAAUCUCAGCAUGUGGGAGGCGAAAGUGUUGUGGGGAAUCCACCAAAGACGACCGCUCGGACAUGGGUUUAAGCCAAUAGAAAUCUUUAUUGGCCAGCCAGCAACUACACUGGGUGUUUGAGAUCUCAGUGUAGCCUCCAGCCUUUCUUAGAGUGAUCUUUUAGGCACAAAAACCAUAUCCUGAGUUGAACUGUUCUUCAGUUAACAAGAACAGUUAAGGGGUUGGGGAUUUAGCUCAGUGGUAGAGUGCUUGCCUAGCAAGCGUGAGGUCCUAGGUUCGGUCCCCAGCUCCUAAAAAAAAAAGAAGAAGAACAGUUAAGCCAGAAGCAGAACUAGAGAAGACAAAAAACAAGGUCAGUCAUUUACAGACUUUCCCAGAAUUAUGGACUUUGAUGGAUUAGACCUUCAUUUUCAUCUUUGAUAGUUGGUACUGUCUAUAUACUGAGUUGUAUAGCCUAAAUGGUUUUUAUAUCAUGGAGUCAGCUGUGCUAAGGUCAGGAGACCUACUUAAGUCUGGAGCCCUGUUACAAUGGAAGGAUAGCUAUGAGUUCAAAGCCAACCUGGGAUAGAUAUCAGGCUCCAAGCUAGGCAACGGAAUAUAUCCUAUUGCAAACAAACAAAAAACCCAACCUAGCAACAACUCCCAAUCAAAAAAGAAAGAAAGAAAGGAACUGAAAACAGAGCGGGAGUGGCAGAGGACCUGAGAUCUGUCCUUGGCACCUGUGGUUUCAGCUCCAGAGCUGAUGAUGCCUUUUUAUCCUCACCUGUACUUGAAGAAAUAAGUUUCAUAGAUGCAAGAAACAAAGCUGUAAGAACGAAGUUCUGUGAAUACAGGAGCAAGGUCUUGGUGGUCAGAGUGACGAGGCUUAAUGAAAACUAGCCAAAACAAAAACAACUGUUCUCGGAAAGACCCCCAUCCCCACCCCUCCCUGUGGUGAAUCCCGAGACCCUGACCCUGCCCGACCACCCAGUUCACCCCCCCUCUAAGGGACAUGCCAACUUAGCCCCUUCCCAGUGAUUCUCCAAGGCCAGGUGUGGGGCUGGAUGAAGAAAGUGACUAAUUGAGCCAAGAACAGCCCCUUGAGCAGGCCAGCCAAUACCUGACCAGAUCCUUUGUCCUGUGUACCACCAAUGAGAAUGAGCUAGCUAACCCUGUUGCCGAAGUCUGCCCUCUGUAAGGAAUAAAAGUUAUGUGCUUUUUGGGUUCGGGGUUGCCUCUCCCUGCGUGGAUGAGCAACCCCACGUACGUGGAUUAAAAAACCUCAUGCUAUUGCAGCAGUCACUUUGUCAAUCUGCGCUCUGUGGGUUGCGCUCCUGAGGUGAGGCCACUAUGGGGUCUUACAACAUCCUCAAGGUUCAUCCAUGCUGUAACACGUAUCAAAAAAGGAACCCACUGCAUUCUUUAGUCACUGUGCAUUUUGUGGCGCAUACAAUCGUAUUACAACAGGACCUACAUUCUUAGCAAACCUGAGUGUGCUAUACUGAAGACGGAGCCCAACUACUGUACACGCAUGAAACGCUUGCUCAGAGGCUCAGCACAGAGGUCUUUUCAUGCGUUGUUUUCUGCAUAGUCCCCAGAAGAGGAAGCAAUAGUUGAGGUUCUUUGUGUCUCUCAGGGUAAUUUUAUACUCUACCUUAGAUGCUGGGGAGCAAACCCGGGGCCCUCCCGCAUACCUGGCAAGUUUUCCACCAUCGAGCUACACUCCGAGACCUUUUGCAACUUUGCAAUACUUAUUUUUAGACAUUUUCCUAUCCACUCCUCACUUUAAAGAAUUUUCAUUCCAUUUUUUAUUUUUAAUUUUUCAUACAAGUAUAUUUAGAUCAAAUUCUUUCCUCUCUCCAAGGGUGGGGUUUUUUGUUUGUUUGGUUGGUUUGGUUUGGUUUGGUUUUGGUUUUUUUGUGUUGUUUUAUUUUAUUUUGUUUUGUUUUUUGCUUUUUUUUUGACUUGUCUGCUUUUGUUUCUAGACAAGAGCUGGUGAGACCCAGGCGGACCUUGAACUUCCUGUGCAGUUAAUGACAGCUUUGACUUCCGAUCUUCUUGCCUCCACCUUCUUACGGUUUCUGCAGACUCAAGUAAAGCCUGGCUAACACAGAAAUUCACAGAACUCAGAUUACUCCUUGAUGAAGAGGAAGCACUGGCCAAAAGCUUCAUCGAUAAAAACACACAGCUCACCCUCCAGGUGUACCAGGAGCAAGCCGAGUCUUGCAGGAAGCAAAUUGAGGUCAUGAGUGACUUCUCUAUCAGGGUGUGGGACAUCAGCCAGGUGUCCAACCCUGUUCAGCUGCUGCAGGCAUAUAUAGCCACCAAGGCAGAGAUGGGACAGCAGAUGAGCCCCUCGGAGCUGAGCCACCCUGUGCCCCUGUCUUUCGAGCCUGUCAAGAACUUCUUUAAGGAGUUUGUGGAAGCCAUCAGGAACACGUUACAGACACCAAUGGACACUCGCCUGAAGGAAAACAUAAACUGCCAACUUUCAAGCUCCUCCAGCACCAAGCCAGGCGCCUUGUUGAAAACCAGCCCCUCGCCAGAGAGAGCCCUCUUCUUGAAAUACGCGCGCACGCCAACGCUGGACCCGGACACGAUGCACGCGCGCCUGCGCCUGUCGACCGACGGGCUGACUGUACGCUGCUCGCUGCUGGGCCGCCUGGGGCCGCGUCCCGCUCCGCGAUUCGACUCGCUGCGUCAGGUGCUGGGCCGCGACGGCUUCGCAGCGGGACGCCACUACUGGGAGGUGGACGUGCAGGAGGCAGGCGUGGGCUGGUGGGUGGGCGCGGCCUACCCGUCGCUGCGGCGCCGCGGAACCUCCACGGCUGCCCGCCUAGGCUGCAACCGCGAGUCGUGGUGCGUGAAGCGUUACGACAUGGAGUACUGGGCCUUCCACGACUGCCAGCGAAGCCGUCUGCGGCUCCGCCGCGACCCUCACCGGCUCGGCGUCUUCCUGGACUACGAGGCCGGCAUUCUGACCUUCUACGACGUGGCGGGUGGCAUGAGCCACUUGCAUACCUUCUAUGCUGUCUUCCAGGAGCCGCUCUACCCAGCCCUGCGCCUCUGGGAGGGGACUAUCAGCAUUCCCCGGUUACCCUAAGAGAGAAUGUGCUUCCUUUCCUAGGCUAGUCUCCUGCUGUCCCCUGUGCCCUCCCCCUCUUCCCCCACGAUGUUUUUAUAAUGCAAGUUCCUGAAAGGGACACCCUGCUGCCUGUAUCUAGGACACUAUCGUGCAGCGCCUAGAACCUCCUGACACACAGUAGGCACGCAGUAUCAGUGAAUACUUACAGUGCCUUGCAGGAGGCAAGUAGUUCCUGAACUGUUUCCAUUUGAGCCAGCUGCUCUCCAGCCACUUGAGCUUGUCCAGGUCACCUCCAUCCAGAGCACCUGACAGGGUUCUGGUCUGGGUCUGCAUCCUCACCCCUCUUCAUCUUCUACACUAAAGCAUCCUGAAACUUAGCCUGGCCUCUUGGGAACUAAAGGGAGGCUCUCAAAGAGCUACAAAAACAGCACUGGCAGCACUUUACCUUGGCCCUUUUAGUAGUCUUUCUGGCUUUUCUACCCUGCCUUUGCUCAUGUCAAUCUUUUCAGACAUGCUCCGGUCGGAAGCUAGUUUGCAGGUGCACCUUUGAACCAUUGUGCUUCCCACCAUAAAUAGGAAAACCGGCUCUCUGCCUGUCUCAGUCUUCAGGCUUAUCUGCCCCAAGAAGUUCCCUCCACACCCGAAAAAAAAAAAAACCAAUCAGGCCUACAAAUCCCUCCACCCCACCCCCUCAAAAACAAACAAACAAACAAACAGGACCUGUCAUUCCAGUUGCUUUCUAAGGACAUCUGUGUGCUUUCCUUCUAGACGCUGAGUGAUCAUUAGGGCAAUUUGACGGGACAUAGUAGGUCCUUCAUUCACAAGACCAGAGCUUUUCCCACACACCACUGCAGGAGGGGCCCAGCCAGGCACCUCUUACCAGGCAUUGGAGUCAUGCACUUCACACAGUUGAUCCCUCAAAGGUGGGAAGCGAUCCCAUUGUACACAUGGCAGACUUGGUACUCGUGAGUCAGAAGACUGCCCCAAGACAAUAGGAUCAGUGUUGCGGUCAGGAUCUACACUGCCUAGUAGGCUGUGUUGUAGAUGUGACAGCUCUCUCCCUCUCAGUGUUACUUGCCUCAGUUUUCCCCGGGUCAAACCUGCUUUUAGAUUUACCUUCACUGGUCCCUGAAAUGAGGUUGUAUAACCUUUAGGAUAGGGGAUGGAAUUGUUUGAGAGGAUCUGAUUUGGGUCUAAAACAGAAAGACUGAUUCUGAGCUGGGGUUUGUGCUGGCUAGAAGGCUUAGCUUCCGGUCAGCUGUAUGGCCUCAGACAACAUUCUUUCUACUUGUGGCCCCCAUCUGUAAAACAUGGGUCGGUGAUGCCAGGCUCAAACAAGCCAAAGCUAAUGAAAUUGCCUUAAAAACUAUAACGUAUCAGGCUAGGAUUUGUUAGCAUCUCCAAUAGACUCUUCCUACCUUGUCACAGUGCUGGACCGCAGAUACCCAGCAGCUGGGUGGCAACCAAGGGAGCUGCCUUAAUAUUCUCAGGGCAGUCUCCUUGUGAUCCAAAGCAUGUGUCUGAAUGCUCUUGGUUUUGUAGAAUUUACCUCAGAGGUACACGAAUUAUUUUCCCUGUGAUGCUUGUGGUGCGUGGUCUAGAACCAGUGAAGGGCUCCAUCCAGCUAUACAUACAGCCCCAGCAGGUGUUUGCAAGAAAAAGGCUUAGUCAAGGCCAGUGAAGCAGAAGACAUACAUCUCUGUGAUGACAGUUUUCUAAUACAUGCUUUGUUUAAAUAAAAUAUGAAUGCUGUCUCUUGUAA